GUAAUCAUGAUUGUACUGUCUAUGAUGUUAUUGUGGGCAGUAGCUUCUAUGAUACAAUUCAAUCCAGGCCAAUAAUGAAGGAUUUUCUAUUAACAAUUGUACUGGAGGGAUUGGAAGAGAAGUACACCCUCAGACUAUGUAGAGAAUGUAAAAUUAUGAAAAAUCGUAAAUUUCUCGGCAAUCUUCCAGAACAAAAUGUAAGGAAAGCUCCCAAACCAUUUAUCAUUGAAAUGGAGGAAGAAGAAAGCAAAGGAAACUCCAAAAAUAAAAGCACAGCUGCAGUUUCGACCGCCCCUGAGCCAGAGUACACUAUAAUAAGGGAACCUGUUGAUGGAGAUAUCCCUGAAUAUCUUGUGAUGGAAAUAAAACUGCCAAAAGUG